GUAGAAAUGUAAAAAUACCCAAGUUUGAAUCCAAGUUAGGAGUUUGAUAGAAGUAUAACAAUCACAAAUUUGAAAUUGAGUCAUUUGGAAUAUAAAAAUGUGGAGGGAAAGGUAGUAAUGUAGGUGUAUAUCAUAGAAUUUGUUUGAAAGAGUAAAGGGAUUUUAGAAUUUAGUGGGAUCUUUGAGAAAACAGAAAAUAAUUCUUUAUGAGAGAAGAAAUAUGUCUCCACCUGCUCAAGAAUGCUAUGGUACAGUAUAAGUUUAAAAAUAGGAAUGGACGAUUAUGGAGAUAUAUUUUAUGGAAUUAACUUCGCCUCUGCUGAUUACUUGGGAUUGUGUACAAAUGAAUAGGCAAAAGUAGUUUAACUUAAAAAUUAUUUUAGGAAGCCGCUGCCACUGCUGCUUAAGAGUACUCAGUGAAUUCUUGUGGAGCACCAUUGGCAUUUGGAGCAUCGAAAUAUUAUAUGUAGUUAAAAGAAGAGUUGAAGGAUUAUUGGGGAAUGAAUGAAGUAAUUCUUUACAGUGCAGGAUGGUUAGCAGGGUUUGGAGUGAUCAAAGGUUUGAUAAGGUAUUGGUAUACUGUAAUAAGUAGGCCCUAUGAUUUUGUGAUUAUGGAUGAAUUAUGCCAUAAUUGUCUUACUGAAGGAGCAUUUGCAGCCACAAAGAAUGUGUCAAGAGUUCCACAUUUAAGUUUGGAAGCAAUGGAGAAAAAACUAUCAGAAAUCAGAACUGCAAAUCCUGAUGCUUGUAUUCUAGUAGUAACAGAGGGUUUGUUUAGUAUGGAUAGUGAUUAUACUGAUUUGGUGGCUUUAUAAAAAUUGACAAUGAAAUAUGAGGCAUUUUUGUUAAUUGAUUGUGCUCACGACUUUGGAUGUAUGGGCAAAACAGGUAAUGAGUUAAAUUGAUAAAUGUAGGCAAGGGAAUGUUUGAAUUAUAAGGUCUAGAAGAUUUCUCUAAUGUAUUAUUAAUGUCUGGAGGAUCAAAAUGUUUAUCAACAAAUGUUGGUUGGGUUGCGUGCAAUUCAUUUGAAGUCAUUGAUUAUCUUAAGUUCUUCUCUUCAGCUUAUAUGUUCACUAACUCAGUGAAUCCAGUGUAAUGUGCUACUGCUCUAGCUCAAUUAAGAAUACUAAAAAGCGAAGUUGGAAAUAGAUUGAGAGUUAAAGUCUUGGAGAAUUAUCAUUAUAUGAAAAAGGAACUCAAUGCUAGAGGUUAUCAGAUAAUUGGUUAUCCAUCUCCAAUUUUGCCAUUGUUGAUAGGAAAUGAAUUAGUAUGUAGAGUAGUAACAAGAUUAAUGAUUGAUGAAGGAAUUCAUUGCAACGGAAUUGAAUAUCCUAUUGUUAGAAUGGGAUAGGCCAGAUUGAGAGUCAAUCUGUAACCAUAACAUACUAAAGAGUAUCAAUUCAUAUAUUGAUUUUAGACAUUUGGACACAUUCAUUGAAACUUUCCAUUUCUGCUUUGUUAAGGCUACAAAAAUUGUCUAAGAAUCUUUGGAAAAAUAUCAAUUGGCCUUGGAACAAUAGGAACAAGCAUAAGAAGCAAAAGAAAAUUAGAAUAAAGCUAAUUUCAAUGAUAACAGAAUGGAACUCAAAAAACCAAAUUUAUGA